CAGCCAGUGAAAACUGUGCAAACCUCAGGAGUAGAAACCAAAGUGAAUCAAGUUAUGAUAUUAAAUGAAGGCUGUGUGGGAGCGCUGAGUAAACAAGUGCUGCUGUGGGGCUAAUUUGGCGCUAACUGCUUUAUGUUUAAAUUAACAGGGUGAUUCUCUUCAGUAUUACUGGUCAACAACUGCACAUAAUCCCUACUGUGACUGUGUGUGUGUAAUCAGUUACAAAACUAAAGCAGCUCAUGUUACAUGUGCUAAUGUGUUGUUGGCUGAGGCUCAGGAGGUUACAGAGCAGAUCACUUUCUAGUCUCCCCGUCUAAAUGAAAGCGUUGUGUAAAAAACACCAGUCUGUUGUCCUUUUACUGUCUGACAUGUUGUACAGGGUGUCAUCUGAUUUCAAAAGGCUGUAUUUUUCUACAGUAAUGAACAAAGUAGCUUAGGGGUAGCCCCUUUGACUGCCUGCUCAACCAUUUGGUUUAGCAUAUUUUGAGAGACUAUAUAUAAUGAACUGGAGUACUUAGCUUAACUCAACCUUAUUGAGCCAUCUCUACCACUUGGUUGAGUUAUGUUAUCCUAAAAAAAAAACACUAGAUGGCACUGUGUCAGGAUAUGGCAGGCCUCAUCUGCCACCCUCCAACCAGGAAAUCAAAAAGCAAAAAAUCACUCUGGACACAUGGACUGUUUUGGCUAAAAAUUUUAAAGAUGGAUUGCAAAUCCUUUUAUGGAGCAAGACAACGCACCUACCUGGCCCUUGUACCUGAAAAUUCUCAGGACUCCGAUGGUGAACUGAGUGAUGAUGACCCAAUAGAGGAUCCAGAUUUUCAACCCAAUUUUGCAGAUGAUAGUGAUGAAAGCUGCUUUGAUGUUUCCCUGGAUGAAGAUGCUCCUUCAAAAAGUAGAUCUAAUAAACUUUCGCGUAAAAUGAGCAAAAAAGGGAAAACUAUCCUAAAAACAGUUCCCUUGGAUGAAGCAGAGGAUACAUUAGACCCAUCUUCCUCUUUAGUCCCAAAAAAAGACACAAGAAGAAUCUGGAAGCAUGAGGACAUUGAAGAAUUUCAAGUUCCAGAUGCAAGUUUCGAAACCCCUGACGCCCUACAGUCCCCAUUCCAGUACUUCAAAAUGCUCUUCACUGAUGAAAUGAUUGAUCAUAUUGCCUAUCAUACCAAUCUGUAUUCUGCUCAAGAGGCGAAAGUUAUGAUCCCAUGCCCAUCACUCAUCCCUGCAUACAAUGAGCAUAUGGGAGGGAUAGAUCUCUCUGACAUGCUGGUACACCUGUACAAGACCCCAGCCAAGUCUACAAGAUGGUACCUGCCACUCUUUGGUUACAUGCUUGAUCUGUCCAUUGCAAAUUCCUGGCUGGUCUACAAGAGGGAAUGUGGACAACUAAACCAGAAACCAAUCACACUCAAAAGAUUCCGCCUGGCAGUUGUGCAUAGCUUGAAACAAGUCAACAAGCCAGCAACCAAAGUUGGCCGACCAUCAUCCAGCUCUCCACCACCACCAAAGAAACGAUACACCCCAAGACCCUCACAACCACAGCCAGAUGUGCGAUAUGACUGCUUUGGGCAUUGGCCACUUCACUGUGACAAGCGAGGCCGAUGCAAUUACUGUCCAAAGGGCGUCUCAAGAUGGAAAUGCCAAAAAUGCAAUGUUUUCUUGUGCUUUAAUGCCAGUCAGGAAUGCUUUGCAGUGUACCACCAGAAGAUCUAAUCAUCAAGGGGUAUUGGUGAAGUUGCAUGAACGGCAAAAGAAAAGAGCCAGAACUGUUUCAGUGUGUUCUCAAAUUUUUCAGUGCAAAAUGGCAAUGGUAUAUAAUAUACCACCAGAAUUUUCUGGAAAAUAAAAUAAAAAAUGUUAGUGCUGUUCCAACACUACAGUGAAAAGUUUAUGUUAACAACAGGUCAAAAGUGAAUUUGUAUGUUUAUGAAUUUUCGGUAAUUGCAGAUCAAGUUUUUGAUCAAAUUUACAAUAUUUUUGUGUUUUAUACAUUUUGUGGUUUGUUAUUAUAACGCCCACUGUUGAAAUGGAAUCCAACAAUGUUUGAUGUUUUACUACCACAAUAAAGUGGGUCAAACACAAAAUUGGGUAGUUAUUGUUUUGCAAAAUGAGUAUAACCUUUACUUUUUUCUACUAGUUAUGUCUGUAGAACUUUAUGUAGUUGUACCAUAGAGAGACAUCUCAACCGUUUGGUAGAGGGUAAUAUUUAAAAAACUAUAAGGUGUGUAUAAAUUUUUUUCUUUUUGAUUGUGAUCAUUAUUGACCUAAAGGAAUAGAAAAUAUGGACAAAUAAUUUUUUCAUUGUAUUUUUCUUGGUGAGGCAGUCAAAGGGUUAAAUUAACAGGGUGAUUCUCUUCAGUAUUAAUGGUCAACAACUGCACAUGAUCCCUACUGUGACUGUGUGUGUGUAAUCAGUUACAAAACUAAAGCAGCUCAUGUUACAUGUGCUAAUGUGUUGUUGGUUGAGGCUCAGGAGGUUACAGAGCAGAUCACUGUCUAGUCUCCCCGUCUAAAUGAAAGUGUUGUGUAAAAAAACACCAGUCUGUUAU